CAAGACAUCCAACCGAAAGGCUUGAGAGCAAGUGGGGGGAGCGGCGAAAUCUCUCCGUGCACCUGUGCCGGAGUCGAACGCAACCUGUUGCAUUCGCGCACGGGCCGUAUUCAAGACGCGAUGGUGCCUCCGAAGCGCGGCUCCGACGGCUCGUACUCGUCCUUCUCGUCCUCGUCGGGCGAAUCUUCGUCAGGGUCGCGGGGCACGGCGGGCUCGUCGCGGCAGUACGUCGACCCGUGGGACGUGGAGAACGCGCUGUACGUGCGCGGCAAACGCAUCAGCUUCGCCACCGACCCCAACACGUUCUCGGCAGCCACGGCGGCCGUCGAGCCGCAACAGCAGCCGCCGCAACAGGCGUGCGGCUGCGAGUCGCUCUACGACGGCUCGUCCGUGCUCAUCCCCGAGCCGCUGCCCUCCGUCCGCUACAUCACCUUCUGUCCGCUGUGCGACGUCGAGGAGCACCUGCCCACGCACAACCUCCACAACCACAACAACGUCCACAACGCCGCCGCGCAGGGAAAGAAGCUGAGGAAAACCUCCUCCAUCCUCUCCAAACACUCGCCGCCUGCUUCAGUCACUUACAAAGUGCCCAUGGCCAUCGACAUGGACUCGUGCGAAGAGUGCUCCGCAGCGUCGUGCUCCCCAGUGGCACCGCCGCCCCCGUUGAUGCUUUUUUCGAACGGCCGCAAACUGAGCGCCGCCGGUCUGCAGUUGGCCGCCGGCGCCGAGUGCGUUGACUGCGAAGACAAUCAUCUCGCCUCCUUCAUGCCGACGCCCCGCAGGUUCUCCGUGCCGACGCAACCCAAGCUUGCCUACGUGUACGACGCACCGAGGGCAAAAGCCAAAAUCAGCCUUCCUUCGUGGAGUAGUGCCAGGGACAGGAGCAACGACGCUCCGCUUUACAGACACCAUGACACUAGAUAUUCUGAUUCGAAUAUCGGCAACAGGUGGGAAAGGAUGAGGAGACCAAGCCUGGCACUCCCUCCGGUAGGACUCACGCCAACUCCAAUUGAAGAGUGUGGAUGUGGAAAUCAUGCGGGACCCCACGCAGAGCUGCUCGCGCCCCCAAGGCACCCCUGCGAAUGGGGGAUGGCUCGCUCUGGACACGUGGCGAUUGACUAUACAAACGCCUGGAUGUCCUUGGCGAGAAGAAUCAAACCAAGCAGAACUUGAAACAACAAAUGAACCUAACCAUCGAUAAUCCGUAAUUGGAUGUGGAUAUAAUAAAUAUUGUAAAUUAAUUUAACUAUGUAUGCAAAAUAAAUACCUAGCAUUACGCGACAGUUACAGCAACUAUUAUUGCGAAUCAGUAAUUUUUAAAGAAAGUGCUAUUCUUGUAAAAUAACCAUAAUCAUCAGUUUAAUACAUGUAUAAUGUGAUUUGAUCAACGAUUUUUUUGUAAAAUUUCAUGAGCAUGAUUGUGUACCAAGAAACACUGAAUUGUUAAAAUGACAGUGCUUUUGGCACUGCCAAUUAUUGGGGCAGUUUGUGCUUUAUAUGUGUGCAGCAAAAUAAUUGCGAAUAAAACAUUUUUACAUUGA